GAUUUUGUGCAACUCAGACGUGGAGAAAGUAACUUGACAGAUUGUAUCCCAGGAAGUUUUUUUAAACAUUCAGAAAUCUGAAUUUUCAUGAUGAAACUACGUCUCCGUCUUUGGCUUUUUGUCCUGUGGCUGAAUGUGAAGACGUCUUUACAACAAAAUGAUCCCACAUGUGAAUUUGGCAUUAUACACAGUAAUCUCUUUGUGGCUGGUUUACCACCUCAGAAUCAGCCCAUCACAGCUGGACAUAAAUUACGUUUUCUCUGCAGUGAUGAGUACAAACCGAAAGGCUCAAAGGAAAUCGAGUGUUUGCAAACUGGACAGUGGAAUUCCCCAUUCCCAACCUGCUCUGAAUAGUGUGAAAAAUUACAAGAUGACAA